AUUUAAGAACCUAGCUAGCUCAGAACCUCCAUUCUCGUAUAUAUCCACAAUUUUCUCUCUCCAAAUAUUUUGUCUAUUACACCACUCACAAAUUCUUGCCACAAACCCUACUAUUUUUGCCUUCAAUUAUCCACUGCUUCUCAAACCAAAAAAACCUUGUUUCUUGCACAUCAAACUUCUGCAGUUACUGAAAAUAAGAAAAAAAUGAAGCAUUAAAACACAUUUUCAUCCAAAUUCUCACUAUGGAAAGAUCAAAAGCGUUUGUGUUUCUGUUCGUGCUCGUGCUCGUGCUCGUGUCAGCAUGCAGAGGCUCCGAUCUCGAACUACUCCUCUCUCUCAAAUCAUCAAUCAACGAUCAAUUUCAAACCCUCAGCAGCUGGAAUCCUUCAAACCCCUUCUGCAAAUGGGACGGAAUCUCCUGCUUAGAUUCCUCCCAUGUUGCUAAGAUUCACUUGCCAGGAAAGAAUCUUUCAGGGAAGAUUCCGGAAUCCAUCUUCAGAUUCCCCUACAUCCAAUCCAUCGACCUCUCCAACAAUCACUUCUUCGGAGAGAUCCCACGGAAUCUCUCCUCUCCCUAUCUGAGGAAUCUCAAGCUCAGCAGCAACAACCUGACGGGGGCGGCGGUCCCGCCACCGUCCAGCGUCCCGUCUCUCGAGACGCUGGACGUGUCCGACAACGUUCUCUCGGGAGAACUCCCCGCCGACAUCGGGCAGCUCUCCCGCCUCAGGCUGCUCGACGUCGGCGGGAAUUUGCUGACGGGGCGCAUCCCGAGCUCUGUCGCUAAUCUGACGGGGCUCGAGGUUCUGACCCUGGCCUCGAACCAGUUCAUCGGCGAGAUUCCGCGGAAUCUCGCCGUGAUGAGGAGGCUGAGAUGGGUUUAUCUCGGGUACAAUAACUUCUCCGGUGGGAUUCCGGCGGAGCUCGGCGAGCUGGCGGCGCUGCAGCAUCUUGAUCUUGUUUAUAACAAUCUCACCGGAGAAAUUCCGGCUUCGUUGGGGAAUCUGACGAAUCUUGAGCAUCUUUAUCUCUACUUCAACAAGCUCACCGGUGGAAUUCCGAAGCCGAUUUUCGAUUUGGGGAAAUUGAUGUCGCUUGAUUUGAGUGAUAAUUUCUUCUCCGGCGAGAUUCCGGAGAUGUUUGUCAAUCUGCGGAAAUUGGAGGUUUUGCAUUUGUUUUCCAAUAAUUUCACUGGAAAAAUCCCAAAUGCGCUAUCGUUGCUGCCGAAUCUUCAAGUUCUUCAAUUGUGGUCUAAUAAUUUGUCUGGUGAAAUUCCUCGAGAGCUUGGGAAAAGGAACAAUCUUACAAUAUUGGAUCUCUCCACGAACAAUCUCGCCGGAAAAUUGCCGGAGAAUCUCUGCGCGUCGGGGCGUUUGUUCAAGCUGAUUCUGUUCUCUAAUUAUUUGGAGGGCGAGAUUCCGGCGGAUUUAAGCCGUUGCAAGAGUUUGCAGCGCGUCCGCCUCCAGAAAAACCGGUUUUCCGGCGAUAUUCCGGCGGAGUUCACCGCGCUUCCGAGGGUCUAUUUCCUGGAUAUCUCGGGAAACUUUCUCUCCGGCGGGAUCGCUGACCGGAAAUGGGACAUGCCGCAGCUUCAGAUGCUGAAUUUGGCGGGAAACAAGUUUUUGGGGCCGUUGCCGGGGGAUUUUGGCAGUGGGAAGCUCGAGAAUUUGGAUUUAUCGGGAAAUUCCUUCUCCGGCGAAAUUCCGGCGAGUUUCGGCCGGUUCUCGCAGCUCGUGGAGCUGAAAUUGGGCGGGAACGGGCUCUCUGGCCGAAUCCCCGCCCAAUUAUCCGACUGCCGGAAGCUCGUUGCGCUGGACCUCAGCCGCAACACGCUGACCGGAGAAGUUCCCGCCAGUUUCGGCGACAUGCCGGUGCUCGGCCUGCUCGACCUCUCCGUCAACGAAUUGGCGGGAACGAUUCCCGCCAAUUUAGGUCAAAUCGAAUCCCUCGUGCAAAUCAAUGUCUCCUACAACCCCCGCCUCCGCGGCGGCCUGCCGGCGACGGCGGCGUUCCUGGCGAUAAAUUCCACCUCCGUCGCCGGCACCGGCCUCUGCGGCGGCGAGGAGGCUACAGGCCUGCCGCCAUGCAGCGGCGGCGCGAAAAGCCGCCGCCUCCGCUGGCUCGUGCUGGGCCUCCUCCUCGCCGCCGUGCUUGUCUUCGCCGCGGCGGUCCUCGCCAUGCGGCGGCGGAGCCGCCACGAGACAAAGAGAGUGGACAGCGAGGAGGGCGGCGGCAGCGAAUGGGAGCUACAAUUUACGAAAUUGCCACGGACGAUCGCAUUAAACGACGUCGUUUUGGCAAUGAGAGAGGAGAAUCUGAUUGGUAGUGGGAAGCUAGGUUUGUCAUACGUUGGGAAAUCGUCGGUAAACAAGAAGCGGUUUUUCGCGAAGGAAAUCGCAGCGGUUCCGGCGAAGUGGUGGGCGGAGUGGGCCCGGCUCUGCAAGAUCAGCCACCCGAACGUGGUGAGGUUGCUCGGGAUGUGUCGAUUGGAGAAGGCGGCGGUUUUGGUGUAUGAGUUUGUUGAAGGGGAGAAUUUGAGUGAGGUUUUGGGGGGAUUGAUUUGGGACCGUCGGAUUAAGAUCGCGGUCGGGAUGGCGCGGGCGCUCAAGUACUUGCAUUGCCAUGGUGUGGCGGCCGGAGAUGUUGCGGCGGCGAGAGUGAUGGUGGAUGAGAGAGGAGAAGCAAGGUUGAGGUUGAGUCUUCACUCCUAUGUUGAUCAAGGUUCUAAAGGGCCGACCCAAGCCAGCGACGUUUUCGGGUUCGGGCUCCUCCUGAUCGAGCUCCUGACGGGCAAGAACCGGGCCGAAGACGGCGUGGUGGAGUGGGCGAGGUACUGCUACGCUGACUGCCACGUGGAGGUGUGGGUUGACGCGGUGAUGAAGGGUGACGUUGACCGUCAGAAUGAGAUGGUCGAGACCAUGAACGUUGCGCUGCAGUGCACCGCAGGGGAUCCGGGCGCGAGGCCGACUGCGGCGGAUUUGCUCAAGAAUUUGGAGUCCAUCGUUAGAUCGAGUUCAUGUGUUUCUUAUGGGUUUAAUAAGCUUUUUUCUUGCUAGUUAUUUGGAUUAUCUUGUUUUUGUUAAGGGUUUUCUUUUGAUCUUUUUUUUUUUUUAACUUCUUGAUUUUAGUUUUUUUUUUUUAAUUAUGGCCGUAUGGAUGUUUUGGUUGAUGAUGUAAUGACGUGGUACUGAGUGUAUAAUUGUAGAUAGGAGAUUGAAGUUUCGAAAUAUAUUUAUAAUUAACUGAA